AUGGUCAUCGCUUUCGUCAACGCCUUAUUUGUUGCAGCAUUAUUUUCAGCAUUGACUGGGAAAUGCAAGAACAGUAAAAUGGGUGGUCCAGAUCUAUUCAACUUUUCAAUAAGAAAAAUUGCAGAUCCUAGAAAAAUUAUACAAGGAUUUGGAUAUCCCGCAGAAGCGCAUAAAAUUGUAACAGAAGAUGGAUAUGUCCUAGUACUUCACAGAAUACCUAGAGGUAAGAAAAAGGCACCAGUUCUUAUUAUGCAUGGGAUUGGCUCCAGUUCUGCUGAUUUCGUUAACAUGGGCCCUAAAGUAAGCCUAGGAUACGUAUUAGCUGACAAAGGCUACGACGUCUGGAUUGGAAACGCAAGAGGAAACAGCUACUCCAACAGGAAUGUCUACGUGAACCCGAAAUUACACCCGGAAAAAUUUUACAACUUCAGUUGGCAUGAGAUUGGAACAAUCGACUUACCCGCAAAAAUAGAUUAUGUUUUGAAUGUAACAAAACAGAAAAAAAUAUAUUAUAUAGGCCACUCGCAGGGUGGUACUAUUUUUUAUGUGAUGGCGUCUAUAAAGCCAGAGUACAACGAUAAAAUACGACUAGCUUCCCUAAUGGCUCCCGCUGGAUUAGUCAAUAAUGUCCCAGAACCUCUAAUCAAAUUUUUGUCACAAUAUAUAAAUAGAAUACAAUCUGUUUUAGAACUGCUCCACAUUUAUCAUAUUCCGGCCCUGGAUCUGAUUAGAAGUUUCCUGCAAAACUUAUGCAAGUAUGACCGGUAUUUUGCCUUGUGCAGAGAAAUUUUCUAUACAUUUGGCGGCGGAUAUAGCGAUGAUACCCAGUUAAACAAGUCUGUUUUCACAAGAAUUUUCGAAACUACCCCAUCAGAUGCGUCCAGUAAACAAUUUUUGCAUUUUUUUCAAGAAGUUAAAUCAGGUAAGUUUCAACAUUUUGAUUACGGUCCUGAGGGAAACUCUAGAAAUUACGGCACAUUAAAUCCUUCAGAAUACAAUUUAACUGCCGUUACUGCACCGGUGGCACUUUAUUACGCACAGAAUGACAGAUUUGUUGGAGUAAAGGAUAUCCAAUUGAUUACUUCUAAACUGCCACAAGUUGUAAAGAGUUAUCUCGUUCCCUAUGAAAAAUUCAACCAUGGCGAUUUUUUAUUUGCUAAUGAUGUGAAAAAAUUAAUAUACAAUGAACUACUUCGAGUUAUGGAUGUUUAUUAA